AUGCGUACGCAACCACCUAUGAGCAACCUUUCAGAAGGCACUGGUCAGCCGGGCAGCUGGGCACUAGGCUCCGCGCUUAUCAGUUCACAUACAGCUGGGAUUCCUACGUCAGCAGUCAGCACGAGUAUAUUCUUUCUCCGACACACCGAAAAUCAUCGCUGUGGCUCUUCGCUCGCCGUCGCCCAAGUCACCUCGCUGGUGGGCUGCGCUGCUCUGUGCAACCAAGAGUCCGCUUGCGUUGGCUUCAGUCUGGAGGUUCGCGGAUCAAGGCGGCGAUCGUGUGAGAUGGCAGCAACUUCCUCGUCUUGCUCUCCCGACUCGGGCUUCAAUUUUUACCUGACUUCGGAACAUUCUGAUUCUACGAUUACGACUUCAACAACACCUGCGGCAACUUCUUCAACAACACCUGCGGCAACAACUUCUUCAACAACACCUGCGGCAACAACUUCUUCAACAACACCUGCGGCAACAACUUCUUCAACACCUGCGGCAACCUCUACAACAACUUCAACACCUGCGGCAACAACUUCAACAACACCUGCGGCCACAACUUCAACAACACCUGCGGCAACAACUUCAACAACACCUGCGGCAACCUCUACAACACCUGCGUGCGGCCACAACUUCAACACCUGCGGCCACAACUUCAACACCUGCAGCAACAACUUCAACAACGCCUGCGGCAACAACUUCAACAACAACUGCGGCCACAACUUCUUCAACACCUGCGGCAACAACUUCAACAACACCUGCGGCCACAACUUCUUCAACACUUGCGGCAACAACUUCAACAACACAUGCGGCAACCUCUACAACAACACCUGCAGUAAUAACAACUCUAACAACACCAACUUCUGUAAUGACCACAUCUGCAACAGUACCUGCUUCAACAACAACAUCUGUGAUAUCAACUGUGACGUGUGGCAGCGUCGUGGAUGCCAAGGUUGUGAUCGGAGUGACAACGGACUCCAACGAUAUGCAGCUAACCCAUAUGACCUUCUAUAACCCUAGAGUGACUGCCAUCGGCAACCCUGUUUCGGCGUCAAAACAGUGCGACCCCGGAUAUUUCGUUUCUCAUGUGUUAUGCUCUUUGAGUGGCAUUACCUGUAUACGACUAGGAAACAACCACUCGAGCUGCGAACAAAUCCCGAUUAACACAGUCUGUCCAAACAAUAAAUUCAUGACUGGGUAUACCUUGGCGCAAAACAAAAAAAUCCUAUCUAUAAACUGCUGUUGCAUUGGGCAGUGAUUCGAACUAUACGGGGACCUGAAGACGCCUGAUUAUUUUUAAUGUUGCAUCACUUUAGGCUGCUGUAUCACCAUGGAUAUUCGGAAAGAAGGAAAGAGAUGAAUGGAGAGAAGAGGACAGAAUAGGAGAAGAGAGAAGAGAAGAAAAAUAAAGAUAAUUUUUUUUUAUCGAAAUUUAGUUUGUGAUAUUUAGGGAACACGAAUAUUUUAGUUAUCUUACUGCAACAUAUAGCUAUUCACAUUUUUAAUCUCUCCACAUUACGAGUGAAAUAGUAAAAUAGUACAAUAUUGAUCAUAAUUAUAAAAAAACCUAAGAUAUCACUAGCGUCACCCAUCUUUACCGUGUAAGAGUAUGUAUGUUAUGUAUCUUCCCUUUCUCAAAGUAUAUAAAGAACUACAUAGCUGUCUGCUAUUCCACUGCAUUACAAUAUGAUAGUUUAGUUGCGUGAACAAUGAUAACAAGAGAAUA